AUGAUACCUACCCGGAGCUUAGCUGCUCAGGGCAACUUCUUCAGGCGCAGCGCCGAGGAAUUUGGCCGCCUCUCGAAAAUCGCCUGGAACACGGAGGCCCUCCACACUCCCACCAAACCCUACACCCUCCUCAAUUUCGAAGAUGAGCGGACUGUCUCUGAUUGCAAGACAUUCGCCGACCGUGCCGUGGGUGGUUUCAGCACCGCCGAGCUAGACUACGAACCAGCCGAGCCUUCCUCUAACACACCGGCCCACGUUCGCUUCCACGGAAGCAUUUCUACAAAACUACCAGAAAAUUGGCGAGUGGAGCGGACUGGAUAUGCCGCAUUCCGCAACAAAGACCGGGGCCUCUGGCUCUUUGGCCGUCUCUUCUGGGACGUUGACCCAUACGCCUAUCUUGCGCUCCGCAUCAAGUCUGACGGCCGUCGAUACACCGUUAACAUCCAGACAGAGUCUGUCGUCGAGACUGAUAUUCACCAGCACCGAUUAUAUACCCGACACCACCGCAUACAAGACCGCUCGCCAAUCUUGGAUCAAGCCUUGCACGUGAAGCAGUCCGAAGAUGCAGAGGCUGCGGAGGAACUAUAUCCCAAAGGCAUUCCCUCGGCACUUUCUGAUAUCCCUCCUGAAUCCACAAUCAUCUCCUCAACUUCCAGCACAACAACCUCCGGAUCAACCGGCUGGGAGACGGUGCUUCUGCCAUUUAACGCAUUUGUCCGAACUAAUCACGGAUAUGUGGUCGAGCCACAGACUUCUAUCAUGCGCCAGCGGGUAAAGAGUAUCGGUAUCGGUCUGACGGACCGUAUCGAAGGGCCCUAUGAUUUGCGUAUUCACAAGGUGUGGGCGACUAACGGUAUGGGUGAGGCAGAUAUUGAGGAGGAGCGCCGGAUCUGCGGCGCGGAUGCAUUGCCACUCGAUGAAGGCGUUCAGUCGGCUUGGAUCGAGUCCACCCAGCAAGCCGAGGAGACGCAGAGCCAGAAGAAGCCCAACACAAAACAGAAGGGGCUGAAGGGUCUCCGAUCAGAGUGGGAGGAGUGA